AUGCGAGUGGACUGGGAACAGGAUGAUUUGCCAUUGUUAAUGCUUUUUUUCUUUGCUUUUCUAGGAUCUAGUUCAGGAUCAAAAUUAAAAGUUCCUGCACUGAGCAUAAAUGGCACACAGCACGUUGUUCAAGCAGGCCAGACUUUAAAUCUCACCUGCAGGGGGGAAAUGGUUCAUUCAUGGUCUUUGCCUGAAACUCUAAGUAAGGAUAGCAAAAGGCUGAAAGUAAUUAAAUAUGCCUGUGGAAGGAAUGGGAAGCAGUCCUGUAGCAGUCUGACCUUGAGCAGAACUCAAGCAAGUGACACUGGAAACUAUAGCUGCAAAUACCCAACAAGUCCAGCAAAAAAGAAGAAGGAAUCUACAGUCUAUGUCUUUAUUAACGAUACAAGCAAUCCAUUUGUAGAGAUGCACAGUGAUAUACCUAAAAUAAUACACAUGACUGUAGGAAGAGAAAUGAUCAUUCCAUGCAGAGUCACAGCACCAAACAUUGCUGUUACUUUAAAAAAGAUUCCACGAGAAACUCUAAUUCCUGAUGGCAAGACAAUAAUCUGGGACAGCAUGAAAGGCUUCAGAAUACCUAAGGCAACCUACAAAUUCAUAGGGCUCCUGAGCUGUGAGACAACCGUUGGUGGACACAAGUAUAGCACAAAGUACUUAACGCACCGAGAAACCAACACAAUUUUUGAUGUUCAGUUAAGCACCCCACGUCUUGUCAAGUUGCUGAAAGGAGACAGCCUGGCAAUUAACUGCACUGUCACUGCAGCCUGGAACACCAGAGUGCAGAUGACGUGGACUUAUCCUGGAGAGGCAAGGAGGAGAGGUUCUGUAACACAGCGCAUUGACCAGAAGAAUACAGAAGCCAAUAUUUUUUACAGUAUCCUCGUUGUUGACAAAGUGCGUGAUAUCGAUAAAGGCCAGUAUACCUGCCACGUGAAGAGUGGGCCAUCAAUCAAAGCUGUUAACACAACAGUCAUUGUUUAUGAUAAAAUGUUCAUUAAUUUGAAACGUCGAAGAAAAACUGCACUGGAGGCUGUAGCUGGAAGAAAAUCCUAUCGUUUGUCAAUGAAAGUGAAGGCAUUUCCCUCUCCAGAGGUUAUAUGGUUAAAAGAUGGGCUACCUGCUGCUGAAAAGUGUGCCCGGUACAUGGUUAAAGACUAUUCCUUAGUCAUCAAGGAUGUUGCUGAGGAAGAUGCUGGAAACUACACUAUAAUAUUGAGCAUACGGCAGUGGAACUUGUCUAAGAAUCUUACAGUCACUCUUACAGUAAAUGUGAAACCCCAGAUAUAUGAAAAUGCUGUGUCAUCAUUUCCUGAUCCCAAUCUGUAUUUACUGAGCAGCAAACAAGUGCUGACAUGCACUGUGUAUGGUAUUCCUCAGCCUAAAAUUACAUGGGUGUGGUAUCCCUGUAGACAAAACCAUUCUAAAACAAGGCAUGGCUUUUGCUCUUAUACUGAAGGAUCUUUCCUCCUGAAAGCUGGCAGCAACAUAGGAAACAGGAUCCAGAGCAUCACUGAGCGAACAGCUGUAAUAGAGGGCAAAAAUAAGACUGCUAGCACUCUCGUUGUAGCUGAAGCCAAAUCUUCUGGAAUCUACAGCUGUGUGGCAUCCAAUAAAGUGGGAAAAGCCAAAAGAAAUGUCAGUUUUAUUGUAACAGAUGUACCAAGUGGAUUCCAUAUUAGUUUGGAAAAAAUGCCCAUUGAAGGAGAGAAUUUGAUAUUGUCCUGUUCGGCCAACAAAUUCCUGUACAAAGACAUUGCUUGGAUUCUACCAAGGACAGUCAACAACCAAACGAAAGCAAAAAGGUCUCUCAACAAGGAGUACUCCAUCACCCUCACUCUGACCAUCAAGAACGUUUCCCUGGCACACUCGGGCACCUAUGCCUGCCGAGCAAGGAACAUAUACACGGGGAAAGAAGUGCUUCAAAAGAAAGACGUUACAAUCAGAGCUCAAGAGGCACCAACCCUGCUGCGGCACCUUAUGGAUCAGACAGUGAACACCAGUAACUCGGCUAUGUUGGAGUGCCAGGUUCGUGGCAUCCCCGAGCCCCAGAUAUCCUGGUUUAAAAACCAUGAGGAAAUACAGCAAGAAUCAGGAAUAAUUUUAGGGCCCGGAAGCCGAAUGCUGUUUAUUGAAAGAGUAAAAGAGGAGGAUGAAGGACUUUACCAGUGUAUAGCCACCAACUUAAAAGGGUCCGUGGAGAGUGCAGCAUAUGUGACGGUACAAGGCACAUCAGAGAGGUCAAACCUGGAGCUAAUAACCCUGACCUGUACCUGCGUGGCUGCGACACUCUUUUGGCUCCUGUUGACCCUCUUCAUUCGCAAGCUGAAGAGGCCUUAUUCCUCUGAAAUGAAGACCAACCAUUACCUGUCAAUCAUAAUGGAUCCUGACGAAGUCCCCUUAGAUGAGCAAUGUGAACGUCUGCCUUAUGAUGCCAGCAAGUGGGAGAUUGCAAGGGAAAGGCUUAAACUAGGAAAGUCUCUUGGACAUGGAGCUUUUGGAAAGGUGGUACAAGCAUCUGCUUUUGGAAUUAAGAAAUCACCAACAUGCAGAAUAGUUGCUGUGAAAAUGCUGAAAGAAGGGGCCACAGCAAGCGAGUACAAAGCACUGAUGACUGAGCUGAAAAUCCUGAUCCACAUUGGUCAUCAUCUCAAUAUUGUGAAUUUGUUGGGAGCUUGCACAAAAAAUGGAGGGCCUCUGAUGGUGAUUGUUGAAUACUGCAAGUAUGGGAAUUUAUCAAACUACCUGAAGAGCAAGAGGAAUUUUUUCUGCCCCAACAAGGACUCCUCUCUGCAAGGACAGCCAAUGAAAGAGAAAAAGGAUAUUGAGCCAGUGGAAAGCAAAAAACAAAGGCUGAGCAGUGUCACCAGCAGCGAGAGCUUCGCGAGCUCUGGGUUCCAGGAAGAUAAAAGUCUGAGUGAUGUGGAGGAGGACGAGGAGGAGGCUGAUGAGCUCUACAAGUUGCCCCUCACUAUGGAGGACCUGAUCUCUUACAGCUUUCAGGUGGCCAGAGGCAUGGAGUUCCUCUCCUCCAGAAAGUGCAUUCAUCGUGACCUGGCAGCCAGAAACAUCCUUUUAUCUGAGAACAAUGUCGUGAAGAUCUGUGAUUUUGGCCUCGCAAGAGAUAUUUAUAAGAACCCUGAUUAUGUGCGAAAAGGAGAUGCUCGACUUCCUCUCAAGUGGAUGGCUCCAGAAUCUAUAUUUGAUAAAAUCUACAAUACAAAAAGCGACGUGUGGUCCUACGGGGUCUUGCUGUGGGAGAUAUUUUCCUUGGGUGCCUCUCCUUACCCUGGAGUCCAAAUAGAUGAGGAUUUCUGCAGCAGACUAAAAGAAGGCACAAGAAUGCGAGCCCCGGAGCAAGCGACCGAGGAGAUCUACCAAAUCAUGCUGGACUGCUGGCGAAGCAAUCCCAAUGACAGACCAAGGUUCUCUGAGCUGGUGAAAAAGCUGGGCGACCUGCUGCAAGCAAAUGUCCAGCAGGAAGGCAAAGACUACAUACCCCUCAAUACUAUAUUUACAACGGAAAAUGGUUUUCCUCCUGCAUCCGAUCCUUUGUGCAACGAAAAUUUUUCUGUUACAAGCUCAAGUUGUGGAAGCACUGAAAACAUCAGAUACAUAAACACUUUCAAAAUAAAACCACCCCAGUGCAUAAAGACAUUUGAAGAGCUUCCCAUCAAGAAAACGCUUGUAUUUAAUGAUUACCAAGCAGACAGUGGGAUGGUGCUGGCUCCAGAAGAACUGAAACGCUUCACAUGGACAGGCAGCAAGCAGAAACGGACGCUCUUUGGCGUGAAAGGUGCCAGCAGGAGCAAGGAGUCGGUGCUUUCUGGAAUAACCAAGCCAAGAAGCUUCUGCAGUUUCAGCUGCGACCAUCUCAGUGACUCCAAGCGAAGAUAUACGUAUGGUAACACAGUGCUGGAGAAAAUGAAAGCAUGCCAUUCUCCCCCUCCUGACUACAACUCUGUCGUCCUUUAUUCUCAGCCACCCGUUUAAGUACUUCUAGGCCAAGAUUUA